AUGUCCCAGAGUCCACAGAUUAAAGAGGAGCCUGAGGAGCAGAGAAUCAAACAUGAGGAAGAGCAGCUGCAAGUUUUAGUCUCUGUGAAGACAGACGAGUGCUCAGAUGGAGCGCAGGGCGAGGACAUCAGCUCAGGGAGUGGGGGCGACAUGGAGCACUUCUCUGGUUCCAGGCUCAAGCAGGAAAUCCAAGAGAGUAAAGAAGAGUCAGAGAAGAGCGGACAGCAGGAGAAAGAACAGCUGAAAGUGUUUCUCCCACAGUCCAGUCCUGUCUGUGUGAAGACAGAAGAAAAGUCACUGCUUCAAAGACGACGUGAGCACAGAGAGGAAACACAGGGAGAGGACAUGAGCUCAGAGACAGAGGGAGACACGGAGCACUCCUCUGACAAUGAGGCUGAGGAAGUAGAGUCUAAUGCCUCUUUAACAAAAGCACACGCACGCGAUAGACUAGUGUGGUGGGGUCCAGAGUCAGAGCGACAUAAGGCACGUGGGCAGGGCGGCGCCACCUGCUGCUGA